UCUUUCUCUCUCUCUCUCUGAUCUAUUUGGAGUCAGUUUUUUUGACCAAAGCUAACGCUCUCUUUCAAUGCAGUUGAACAAAUCGAAUUAAUUCAUCUUACAGUGCAAUUUUUUUAGAAAUUUUCGGAGAAAAAUAAAUCUCGGAAUUUUUUUUUUUUUGAGGAAUUAGGAUUUGGGUGGAAGGAGGGGAAGGGAGGUGGUUUUCCGAUUUAAUCUGGUGUUGUAGUUUCAUUUCCGCUAGGGUUUUCUCAGAAAUGAAGUCUUCUCUUGGUAAGCUUCGAAGAUUUGCGCUUCCUCACAAGAACGAUGCUAGAGACAAGAGAGACUAUCUUCCCUCCGCUCGCUUGGAUGAGCUUGCCGACGCUACUCAGAACAUUCAGGACAUGAGAAAUUGCUAUGAUAGCUUGCUUUCUGCUGCUGCUCUGACAGCAAACUGUGCAUAUGAAUUCUCAGAAUCAUUGCGAGAAAUGGGUUCUUGUCUUCUCGAAAAAACAGCUUUGCUAUCCGACCCAGAAACUUGUAAAGUUUUGUUAAUGUUGGGGAAAGUGCAGUUUGAACUCCACAAACUUAUGGAUAACUAUCGCCAUCAUAUAGUGCUGACAAUUACGAACCCAUCAGAAUCACUUCUUAAUGAACUUAGGACCGUUGAGGACAUGAAACGGCAAUGUGAUGAAAAAAGAAAUGUAUAUGAAUACAUGAUGGCACAACAAAAAGAGAAAGGAAGGUCAAAAAGUGGGAAAGGUGAGACUGUCACUUCACAGCAGUUACAAACAGCUCAUGAUGAAUAUAAUGAAGAGGCAACCCUAUGUGUUUUCCGGUUGAAAUCUCUUAAGGAAGGUCAGUCAAGAAGCCUUCUAACACAAGCAGCUCGCCACCAUGCGGCUCAGUUGAAUUUCUUUCUGAAAGGACUUAAAUCACUUGAGGCCCUUGAGCCGCAUGUUAAGAUGAUUACUGAAAAGCAACACAUUGAUUACCAAUUCUCUGGCCUUGAAGAUGAUGAUGGGGAAGAUGGUGAAAAUAGCUAUGAUACUAAUGAAGAUGGAGAAUUGAGCUUUGACUAUAGAGUUAAUGAAAAAGGGUUUGAUGUGACUUCUGAGUCAAGGAAUCCAAUGGAGGUAGAUGAAGAGGGCAUUUCAUUUCCCAUAGCUUCAAAGACAGAAAAUGCAGAGGUAAGCCUGGAUAAGAGCCAAGGAGAACUACAAGUCUUAGGUAGGGAACACAGACCCAGCAGCUAUUCAGCCCCCAUAUUUCCUGAAAGGAAAUUUGAUCCAGCUGAAAGAGUUAAAGAAAUGCUUCCGUCAUCUGCUAGGAAGUCUCACACGUAUGUGCUGCCCACACCAAACGAUUCAAAGAGCACAAUGUCUUCAAGAACAAUUAGUUCAGUUUCCCAUACAAGACCAGCAAACCUCUCUGGGCAUAGCCACAAUCUGUGGCAUUCUUCUCCACUGGAACAGAAGAAGCAUGAGAAAGAUUCUCGUGAUGGUCAACAAGCAGAGCUAACCACCUUCAAAGCUCAGUCUGUAUCCAAAGAGAGUGACAGCAGUAAUGCCUCCAUGCAACUGCCUCUUCCAUUGGCAGAGGUACGUUUGCCACCACAGCAGGAUACAUCCAGUACUUCUGAUGCAAAAAAGAUUAAAAGGAAAGCUGUUUCAGGUCCAUUAACUGGUAAACAAUCCCCAUCAAAGCCAGUUUUAUCAGCAAGUGGUCCCAUAACCUCUGCUGAACUUCCCCAGUUGGCUUCUGGAAUACUUUCCCAUUUGCCAAAUCCUCAACAUUUAUCAUCUCCAAUUGCAUCCCCAACUGCUUCACCUCCCCUUGUCUCAUCACCUAGAAUAAAUGAGCUUCAUGAGCUUCCACGGCCUCCUGUUAGUUCAGCUGCAAAAUCAGCAAAAUCUCCUGGUUUGCUUGGUCAUUCUGCUCCAUUGGGUUUAAGAAGUCCAGAGCCUUCCACGACAAAUAGUAGUUAUUCAGUGUCAUCAAGUGCAGCAUCUCCUCUUCCAAUUCCACCACUAAGUGUCCCUCGGAGUUUCUCCAUACCUUCUCGCAAUCAAAGAGCGAUGGCGUUACAUGUUUCCAGGCUUUUGGAGUGUUCUCAGAUUCCAGACAAGGAUGCAGACUUUGCAUCGCCACCAUUGACUCCAAUCUCCCUUGCAAACAUUAAACCAGUGUCAACCAUUGCUGAAGUGGAAUCCCAAUCCAGCAAUAUCAGAGGAGAUUGAAACACCCCUCUAUUGCUUCAUAAACAAGAUAAUAAACUUGGCACCUUUUGUUUUUGGUAGGAUAAAGGUUUGUUUUACCUUUUUUUUUUUUUGGCACCUGAAUGCACAGGAAUGGUGAGGUAGUUGUGAAAUGAUCUUUUUCCUUGUACUUGUGGUUGUUAGAUGAAAUGUCUUGACCGGCUGCAGGUGGGAAUUGAAAAAUUGAUUGCGUUCCCUGGUCAAAUUUUUGAGUUCCAGUUUUCCACAUGUAGGAGCAAGUUUGUACAUAUUUUCUUUAGUGUAUUGAUUAUUUUCUCAUCUAAAUCUUUGUUAAUUGCUCAUUUUAAGACAGCUAUGAUGAGAAUUAUUGAACUCUAUUGAAUCCAAGGCCAGUCUUUAUGAUAUAACGCUGUAUAUCUUCCCAUGAAGAAUAAUCUAUAUUCUUUGCC